GUGUGUUAAUUAACAAAAAGAAUCAAAAUGAAGUUCAUCAUUGCUAGCUUACUGUGUGUGUGCCUGGCCAGCGUUGGCCUGGCUCAGCCCAUGGCUGGCUCGCCUUACGAUGCGGAGCUGUUUUCGCUGGCGCAGGAGAUGGGCCAGCUAGGCGAGAAUACGGGCAAGGCGCUGGUGCAUCAGUAUGAGGAAAUCGUGGUGGAGCCACAGCAGCAACUGGAGCAGGCCAUUGAUGAAGUGGAGCAGCGUCGCGAACAGGAUGCCGAGUGUGUGGCCGCCGAGGAUGAGCAGAUUAACAGCAUUGUGGAUGCCGCUCAUGAGGAGCUGCAUGUUUGCGGUGUGACUGCUGCCCAUGAUUCCGCCGAGAUUGCCAGCGAUGUCAACCAUGCCACACAGCAAUUGGUCUUUGGCGGCUACUCGCUGGGUCGCACCUAUCAGCAUUGCCAGCGCUACAAGAACUCAGUCCUGAAGCAGAGCUGCAUGGCCAAGUUCUAUGUCAAGGGCACAAUUUAUCUGGUGAACGCACGCUCAUCCAUCAAGACCAUCAAGAAGAGCACCAACGAGCGCAUUCCCGCCGUCCUCUCCGAGAGCAACAGCUGCACCCAUGUGGCCGCCGACAAGGCUGUGGUUGCUCUCAACGAAAUCAACGCUGAAAUUGAUUCCUGCAUUGCCAAGCGUCGUUAAGACUUUGCUAACUGUUUAAAAAUAAAGUAUUGAACAUCACAAA